AUGGAACCAGUAAAAGAGGAAAGUGCAAACCUCGAUGUCAAUGCUUUCAACCAAAACUCUCAGACUGCGUCAGACUAUAUCACAGAGCAGUUGGCUCUCGAGGCCGACGCGAAAGAAAUCCUACCCUACAAAUUCGACAAAUGCACACAAGCGCUUGGACCACUGCGACAGAGCAUUUUCGCCUGUUUGACCUGUAGUCCGCCUCCAGCCUCUCCAGCUCAAGCGUACGCGCCAGCUGGCUUAUGCUAUGGUUGCUCGAUAUCCUGUCAUGGCGAUCACAAUCUGGUCGAACUGUUCAAGAGACGGAACUUUGUUUGCGAUUGCGGCACAACACGUACCCCCGACUCAUCGCCAUGCAUUCUACGAGUCGAUUCAGCGACUGGCGAAAGAGGAGUCAAGGCACAAGAACCUGCGAAAGGGAACACUUACAACCACAACUACCAGAACCACUUCUGUGGUUGUGGCGAAGAGUACAACCCAGACACCGAGAAGGGUACUAUGUUUCAAUGUGUCGGGCUGGGUUCCGUCGAGUCUGGAGGCUGCGGCGAGGACUGGUGGCAUCCAGAGUGCUUGAUGGGCUUGCCUCGAGAUUGGCUUGCUAAGGGUCUCUCGAGGCCGAGAGAAGAGAAAAAACCAGAAGCUAACAACGAGGAAGUCGAGCCAGAACACCCUGUGCCCGAUGGCUUUCCAGAAGACGACGACUUCUCAGCUCUGAUAUGUUACAAAUGCGUCGAAGCUAAUCCAUGGAUCCAACGAUAUGCAGGAACUGAUGGAUUUUUACCUCCUGUCCUGAGACGCGACGCACAAGCGAGUGGUACUACACAAGUUGCAGCCACUGCAAGUCUUAAGAGGAAGGCGUCUGACGAAGACAUGCCAAGAUCUACCAGUCCUUCGAAACGCCUUAGAGAUGAGAGGUUGCCCGAGGCCCUGAAGGGAGAAUCGAACACAGCCACAUUAGAAGCUGAAGAUACAACGUUGAACACAAACACGACGGCAGACGUCCUUGGUCCACCAUCAACAACUCUCGAGUCGAGACAUAAGCACGACAGCUUACCUCCUGCGCCCGCGGGUACAUUCUCAAUCCUCUGCAAGGAAGAUUUCAGAGACAGGUUCUGCCACUGUCCUCAGUGCUUUCCGGAUCUCAUCCCACACCCACAACUUCAAGAAGAGGAGGAUGAAUAUGAACCUUCAAUAUCUGACACUGCCGAAUCAGUCGCUGGCGGCGGAUCAGGUACACGAAGUGUCGGCACUGGUAGUCUCCUAGAUCGAGGGGAGGCUGCCCUCAACACAAUGGACAGAGUGAAAGCCAUUGAAGGUGUAAUGGUCUACAACCAUCUGAAAGAUAAAGUCAAGGAGUUCCUCAAGCCAUAUGCAGAAAGUGGGGAAGCCGUAAGUGCUGAGGAUAUCAAGAGCUAUUUUGAAAAGUUGAGAGGUGAUCAGGAAGCCGUCAAGGAAGCUAGUCAGAAACCCGUCGCAGGCGAUGGUGUUGAUGGCGAUAGUCGCAGGGAACAAGGUGGCUACUAG